AGAUCCUCCUCUUCCUGACGUCGUCGCGUAGCUACCGUUCUGGGAGGCGGAAGGGGGGGUGGUUAUUUGAAGAAAAGCGAAGAGAUUGUUGUCAACAACACGGGUUUCUACACUACCCUGGCUAAUUUUACAACAACAAAAAAUAACAAGAUGUCAGAUACAGACACGAAACCUUCAGGUCAGGAUGGAGGAGACCAAAAGGAUGGAGAGUACAUCAAACUGAAAGUGGUGGGUCAGGACAACAGUGAAAUUCACUUCAAAGUGAAAAUGACGACCCAUCUGAAGAAGCUGAAGGAAUCUUAUAGCCAGAGACAGGGUGUUCAUAUGAGUACCUUACGGUUUCUAUUUGAGGGACAAAGAAUCUCAGACAACCACACUCCAAAAGAGCUGGGGAUGGAAGACGAAGACGUCAUCGAGGUCUAUCAGGAACAGACCGGAGGACUUCGGAAUAAUUAGUCUUCCUGGAUUUAACUGUUUUGUUGUUGAUGAUGAUAACAUUGUAUUUUAUAUUUGUACAAAAUUACUGAGUUUGAGUUAGUUUGGCUUUGUGUUCCUCUCAGUGGUAGAGAUCAGAGAGGAGAGAAUAACUGUCUGGUACAUCUCCCGCUCUCUAAUCGUCACCUGGUCUGUUUGUGCUGUUUUGAAAACUCUUAUGAAGGCGUUACAAUGACUGUAGGAGCUGGCAAGACGGCACAAACAGGGUCUGAAUGCAUAUAUCAGAGUAGGAGUGCUGAUCGGAGAUCAGUUUUGGGUAUUUACAUUUUU